AUGUCUCAUCAACAAUAUGAUAGCGUCAUCACGAAUGGCAUUCUCGUGACCGCAAACGAAGUUUUGCCCGCUGGGCUGGAUAUUGGUAUCAAAGAUGGCAGUAUUGCUGCAAUUGGGUACAGUCUUGCAAAGGGGCAAACCGACGCAAGGGUGAUUGAUGCUGAAGGUGCCUACAUCACCCCGGGCGGAAUCGACUCACAUGCGCACAUUCAACAAGACAACAUGCCGACCGGCGACACGUGGGAGAGCGCCUCUCGGAGUGCCAUUGCAGGCGGAACAACUACCGUUCUCGCUUUCGCUGGCCAAAAACGUCAGGAAACCUCGGUGCUGGAUGUCGUGCAGCAGUACCACACCAAGGCAAACGGCCAAGUGUAUUGUGACUACGGGUUUCACGUUGUUCUCACGAAUCCCACCCAGGAGAUUCUCCAGGAUCAAAUGCCACGAUUAGUCAAUGAGCAAGGUAUCACGUCCGUCAAGUUGUACAUGACGUAUGAGCCAUACAAGCUCGACGAUGGCCAAUUGCUUGAUGUCAUGUUGUCUUGCCGAAGACUGGGCAUGACUACUAUGAUACAUGCGGAAAACUCAGACAUGAUUGCCAUGGUGAUCAAGCGCCUCGAGGCAAAAGGCAAUACAGACCCCUUCUUCCAUGCAAUCGCAAGGCCGCGCCUUGCAGAGGACGAGGCGUCGUACCGAGCCAUCUCGCUCGCCGAACUCGUCGACGCACCCAUUCUUCUUGUCCAUAUGUCUUCUGAAUCAGCGGUUGAGCAUGUUAGGGCAGCCCAAGCGCGGCUCCUGCCAGUGCAUGCUGAGACAUGCCCUCACUACCUGUUUCUUCUAUCCGAUGAGAUCAAGGAAUGUCACGACGGUGAUCGUUCUCACGGCACCAAGUUUAUCUGUGCACCGCCUCUGCGCCAUCACGCUUCGGAUCUCGAGGGCUUGUGGCGAGGUCUGGCCAACGGUGCGUUCACUGUUUGGUCUUCAGAUCAUGCUGCGACAAAAUACGACCAUUCCCUAGGUAAGAAGGCGGGCAUUGUGGACGGUGUCGUUCGCUUUAGUAAGGUGCCAAACGGCUUACCUGGCCUUGAGACAAGGAUGGCGCUCCUUUUCAACCAGUCGGAAGGAUGCUUAUCACCCGAAAAGGCACGCAUCACUCUGCCACAGUUUGUGAAGCUCACAGCUAGCAAUGCGGCUAAGUUGUAUGGGAUGGAUAACAGAAAGGGGACGUUGAUGGUGGGAUACGACGCGGAUCUGGUCAUUUGGUACCCCCCUGGCGACCCAAGGGGCAAUGUGACCAUCAGCCAGGGGAACCUUCACCACGGCGUUGAUUACACACCUUUUGAAGGCCUAUCUGUUCAAAACUGGCCUAGGUACACAAUUCUCAGAGGUAAGGUAGUGUGGCAACAUGAUGGUGCGGGCAUUGUGGGAGAAAAGGGAUUUGGGCAGUUCUUGCGUCGUAACAAGGGAAAGCUGGUUGUGGGCAAGAUGGGCCAGCAAGGCAGAGGCAUGUUAUCUGGGGAACGAGAGCUUUGGCUAUAG